GCUACUUCCGCUGUCAAUGUAAAUAAUCAUGGCGGAGGUACCAGAUUAUUACGAGCGGAAAGGGUCACUUUUCUUACGCUCUGAUCAUAUGAACUAUGGAAGGGCUACCUUAAAUUCAAACUGGCAUCAAGCUAGAGAAGCAGAACCCAAAAAUUAUGACAUCAGUCGGAACUCAGAAAGAAAUCUCUGUAAAGCCACAUAUGAUAAAAUAGGAAAUGUAACAGAUGGUUCAUUACCAAAGACAACCUACCAGGACCAUGCAGAGCAAACAUAUCUCAAGGAAGACUUCAAGGAACAGGAAGUGAGAAAGUCUAUGAUAACCCUCGACACUGUCAAUCAUGCUAAUCUGGACCGAGAUGUAGGCUACCCCAAAAGGGGAUAUGGGUCUGUGCUGCCCCGCCACAAUCCAGACUAUAACAAGCACCAUCUAGAAACCACACACAGAGCCGACUACAAACUGCCCAACCCAGACUACCAAACAGUGCCGGAGAGGCCACCAGACUUUCCAGAUCUGUCUGCUGCGUUCAGAAAAUGCCACUCACAGUUCACAGAUACGGCCGAUUUCCGGCGCCCUGGUCGCAAUACAUGGCAGGAUGAGAGUGGCAUCUAUGCUAAUACUCAUUAUAAGCAGGAAGUGAUGAAAUCGUCCAAUCCGAUUCCAGAGAGUGUGUAGUAAUAAAACUAGUAUAGUGAACAAGGAACCAAGGGCGAGAAUAUGAGGGAAAUUUUAUCACAACAUAUAUUGAAAUGGAUGUAACAAUGAAAGAUGAAAAUAAUGGACAGCCUCUAGGUUUGUACAGUAAUAACAGUUAAAGGCUUACCCAUGUAUAGAUACACGGAAAUGAGACUGUAGG